CCCAAAAGUCUCGAGGGACGUCUUCAUCAAUUCAUCUUCUCUCCACUGUACACUGUACCAAUGGCACUUACUUAAGAGCAGACUCCCCGACGUACUCCCCUCCCAUCUUCUUCGAAUUGUUUGUCCAAUCGAUCGAAGCAUGACCCGAACCCACCACCAUGUGGCCCUCCUCGGGCCGACCUCCAUUUGCUUACUCCUCCUGCCGGUUCCAUUGGCCCUUGGGGAGUGCACUUGCGAAAAGGAGAGCCACGACCGGGACAAGACUGCCGCCCUCAGCUACAAGCUCGCGGCCAUCGUCUCGAUCCUCAUGGCGGGCGCGCUCGGCGUCUGUCUCCCCAUGCUAGGAAAGGUGGUCCCUGUGCUCCGCAAGGGGGACGUCUUCUUCAUAGUGAAGGCCUUCGCUGCGGGGGUGAUCCUAUCCACGGGGUUCAUCCAUGUCUUACCCGAUGCGUACGAGAGCCUCACCUCGCCCUGCCUCCCUGGCGAUGUGUGGGGGAGCUUCCCCUUCGCCAGUUUCGUGGCAAUGCUGGCGGCGAUAGGGACGCUGCAGAUUGACAUGCUUGCAACAUCGUACUACACGAGGAGGCACUUCUAUAAGGCCGGCGGCCCCCAUGAAGUCAAUGAUGAGGACAAGGAGGCGGGCGGUGCCCUUGCAGGGCAAGUCCACCUCCACACCCAUGCCAACCAUGGCCACGCCCACGGCCCGGUUCCACAGGACGACUCUGCCACUUUGGAACUUCUCCGGCACAAAGUCAUCUCACAGGUCCUAGAGGUGGGGAUAAUCACGCACUCGGUGAUUAUAGGGAUAUCGCUCGGGGCCUCACAAAGUCCAAAGAUCAUUAGGCCACUCGUGGGUGCGCUAACCUUUCACCAAUUCUUCGAGGGCAUGGGCCUCGGUGGUUGCAUCGCUCAGGCAAAGUUCAGGUCCCGUGCAGUGGUCGUCAUGGCGUUAUUCUUCUCCCUCACAACCCCUGUCGGGAUCGCCGUUGGGAUUGGCGUAUCCAACAUGUACAAUGAGAAUAGCCCCACGGCACUGAUCGUCGAGGGGAUAUUCAAUGCUGCUUCGGCGGGGAUCCUCAUUUACAUGGCACUGGUGGACCUAUGCGCCGCCGACUUCAUGAGCCCGAAGAUGCAAAAGAAUGGGAGGCUGCAACUGUGGGUCAAUGCGUCUCUCCUUGCAGGGGCGGGUUGCAUGUCCCUGCUCGCCAGAUGGGCUUAAGGUUAAUUAUAAGAUGCACGGUUGUUAGCAAAGAUUGAUGAUGUGCGUUAUCUCUCUCUCUCUCUCUCUCUCUCUCUCUCUGUAUAUAUAUAUAUAUAUUUCUAUCUUAUAGAUCUUAUUAGGAUAUGAAAAUCCGUAUGCAUAAGUCCGAUGAAGUAUAAAGAAAACAUGGUGGAUUACAUCCCAAACUUAGUCAUGGAGUCGUGCAUUGUCUAGAGCAGCGUUAAAUAAUAAAGAAGUCUCUAUAUUAUGUUAUAUGAAUUUCUCUUCAUUAGAUUAAAGAAAAUGCACAAUAUGUCUUUCUUCCUUA